AUGCUCAGGGCAACUGUCGUGUGGCUUGGUGAAGAGGGCGAACAUACAAGGACAGCAUUUAGCCUUUGCAAUAUUCUAAAAUCUGAUGUACCAGAACAUUUAUCAUCGGCGGAAAUGGCAGAAAGUCACUUUGCGAAGAGGAUCAAGGAGCUCUCGACCAAGCACCCAGAGAAAUUGAAAAUUCUAGAGGGGUGGGAGUCGUUAGCUGCGCUGAUUGCUUUACCUUGUUGGGCAAGAACCUGGAUCAUCCAAGAGGUGGCUAUCUCCUGCUCAGCAACCCUGCUGUGGGUUUCGCAAAAGAUGGACAUCGAGACUUUAAAAUUGUCCCUAGAAACACUACGAAAGUACAGUCCAACGAUUUGGCAUUACUUCGAAGGCCUUGAGCACAUAACUGGCCUGCUGUUACUUCGAACUUCGGUGGAUGACCAUGACGGUUCCAGUACAAUUCCGGAUCCCAACUACGAAGAGCCGGUGGACUCUCUUGUUCGUGCAAUUACCAUCAAGAAGUUGACUACGGUGUGUCCUGAGCAGGUAGUCGAUAUUAUCUGUCUGGACCAUGGUAGAGUUCCUAGACGAGAAGAUCUCCCGUCGUGGGUCGUUGAUUGGAUAAGCCUCUGGGAGCAGCCAGAUGGUAAUAUCUUGUCAUCAAGGCUCACUCGUUUCUUAUCCAGUUCUGAUUUCACAAAGUAUGAGGCAUGUGGGCGGUCGCGUGUAACAGUGCAAAUUUCUCGAGACCAGAGAACUCUGACUUGCUACGGCUACCAUUUUGAUAUCAUUCGCGGCCUGUCUCUUUUCGAUUCACGAGUUGGAUUCGUAGAAGCCGCGCCUCACAGUCUAUCAACUUUGACCUCAUUCGAGAACCAAUUGUGGAGACAGCAAAAUGUCUACGGGUCCGAACUGGAGCUUCUCAAGGCCAUUUGGCUGAGCAGCAUCCAUAACCCGGUGAUAGACGGCACGGGAAUGACAACAUCAUCAUCCGUACAAUCCUUUCAGAAUCUUUUCUCUGACAAGGUUCAAAAACCUGCCUGGGUUGAAUCAACCUGGAUGGACAUCAUCAAAGAAGCAGGGGAGUUUAAACUAUACGGACGAAAAUUAAACGACUGGUUUGCAGCUUCACGAGAUCUCAGCUGUCUUGAAACUAUGAAUAUCUUGAAAAGCACGGAGUACAUAGACCCAGCCGACCGUGAAAAUUCCUUCUGGGACUCCAUCCAAAUUGGACGGUUUGGCCGACGAAUGAUGGAGACUGCCAUGGGAUAUGUUGGGACCGCUCAUGCGCAGGCGCAUGUCGGAGACUCGGUAGUUUUGCUACAAGGUGCUUCGGUACCUAUCAUUCUGCGGCCAUGUGAUGGUGGCUAUAGAGUCAUUGGAGAGGCUUAUGUGUACGGAAUUAUGCAGGGAGAAUUUUGCAAAACUCAACAUGAAUCUGAGAUGAAGGCUUUCCAUCUUAAAUGA